AUGGGGUCCGCUCUGAAAUCAAACGGAGAGCAGACCGGUGGGAGGUUGCUGGAGUCCGGAGCUAGGGGGGCUGAUAUGCCGGUGAAAUUGAGCCCCCCGAAUGAGAUUCCAGCCCAGGAGGAGAAGCCCGGGUCGCCGGAAAGGGUCUCGUUCAAGAAGAAGGUUGAAGAGUGGGAGCGGCGGCUUGGUGCUAGAAAGGGGCUUGUAGCAUCUGGCGCAGGGUUUGCAGUAACCAACGAGCGGUUGACAGAAGAGGUGGUGUCAAACGGGCGCGGUGAGGCCGCACGGAAGGAUUUUGACACCGGACUUGACGAUAAGGAGACGACCGCUCAGCGGACAACUGGUGUCUCUGAUACUAGAGGGUUGUACCCAACUAAUGACGUUUCGGCGUCAGAGGAAGAAGAAGGGUUUUCCGGCGUCGCUCCUUCUGCACUAGAUACAGCAGAGAGUCCCGUAGAGAAGGAUGUGACUCUUGCAGAAGUCCUCGGGACUGAAAACGCUCUGCCAGAAGCAAGUCGCAACAGGAGUGAAGAAGUAAGUGGAUGGGUUGAGGAGCGGCAACAGAUUCGGGAAGAUGGGGGAGAUCCGGUUCCGCUUAACGGAACGUGGAAGGAUAAGAGCGGAAGAGCGGAAGAAGCGAAGAAGGCUGCGGAUAGUAGCAUUUCAACUCUCAGAGGGGGGGCGUUGUGGAAACCAAACCCGGCGAUGCACAGCGACCUGACUGUGCAGGUCGAGAGUGCCUCCUUCCAGCUUCACAAGUCCGCGAUGUGCGCGCGCAGCGGCCUGCUGGCAAGGCUGACGUCAGGGCGGCCCCAUGUGGAGCGGACACGUGUCACGCUCGCGGACCUGCCAGGGGGCGAGAAGACCUUCGAGCUGGUGGUCCGCUUCUGCUACGGCGAGCGCCUGCACAUGUCCUCGGGGAACAUCGCCGGGCUGCGCCACUUCGAACUGGUUGUGCGCUUUUGCUACGGCGAGCGCCUCCACAUGUCUCCGGGGAACAUCGCCGGGCUGCGCUACGCGGCCGCGUACCUGGAGAUGACCGAAGAGUUCAGCCCCCCCGGCCACCUCAAUCUGCUCACGCUCACGGAAGCGUUUUUGGACGCCGUCGCGCUGCGGACCAUGGCUGACGCGCUGCGCGUCCUGCUGGGCUGCCAGGCGCUCGGAGAGCCCGCGGAAGCGUGCGACCUGCCGGGCCGCGCGAUGGAAGCGAUCGCCGCGCACGUCGCGCGGUUCGGCGUCGAGCACCAUUCCCGGGCGCUCCGGCGACAGGACGCCCCUGCGACUGAGCCCGAAGCCGCCCCUCCAACCACGCUUGACGCCCCAGCUUCUGAUGAACUGCCCAGUGCGGAUCUCCGACCGCCUAUCCAAACCCCCCCGGUCAAUACUCUGAGAGAAAAGUGGGUCAGACAGCUGGCGAAGUUGGAGGCCGGUACGUUCGCCAGAUUGCUGACGAAGCUCGAGAACUGGGCGGUGGACUACCGCUUGGUGGGGGCGCUGAUCGUCCUCUACGGACAGAAGGCGCUCCCCGAGCUUUUCUGGCCGGAGAGCCAUUUCACAUCAGAGGAAAGGGCGACCACUCUACAGAGAUAUCAACCUAUAGUGUCGCCCUACGAUCUCUCGGCCGAUUCGGACGUGCCAGGGACGUUUGAAACGCCGUUGCUGCAAGGAGAAGAGGGCGAUUUUGGCAGGGACCGUACCGCGCAGGAGUACGCGCAGGCGCGGGGUUUGGAGGUUUUGGUCGCCUGCCUGCCCGAGCCGCUGGACGCGAUCGGGCCGCGCCCCGCGUGCGCGCUCCUCGCGGCCGCGCGUCGCCUGUCGGCCCCAUUCGCGCUCCAAGACGAACUAGAGGAGCGGAUCAGCGCGCAGCUGGCGCUUGUCUCGGCCGAGGACCUGAUUCUAGUUUCGCGCCCGGGGGAGAUCGGCAGCGAGACGGAUGUAGAAUGGGUGCUCCGGAUGGUGGCGGCGUUCCUGGAGGGCGCGGCUUGGCGAGCGCGCGUGGCGCGCGCGGGCGCCUUUGCGGGAGUGGAUACGGGCGAGUCUCAGCCUCCAGAAGAAAAGCGUGGAGAGAAGGACUCGCAGGAAGCGGUCGAGACCCAAAUGGUGAUUGAUGCUGACGUCAUUCAAACGCUUGAUCAUGUCAGCAGGAGAGUCUCGGAAGGGGAUGCCACGGCAAAGGCCGCGAGCGAUGUCGGAGAGGACGUUCCGGCCGUUGCGAGCGGAGCGACGGAAAGCGCGCCGGAUGAGAAGCCCUCGGCGCCGGGGGGCAAGAAGAACGCCGCGAAGAGACCCCCCUGGGUGUGGGCGAGUCUCCAGACGCGUAGGCGGCCGAACGUGGCGUCACUCUCGCCGGAGAAGUGCGAGAGCCCGCCGAUCGCUGACGUCACCAAGCGCCGGGGACGGGCCUGGCGGUUUCGCGGGCGUAAGGCAGGUGGGUUCGACGUCGAAAACUCGACGGCGGGAAGCAAGGAGGCCAAAAGCAGCGAGAUCGAAACUUCGGGCGCGGCAGUGGAGCAGCAGCUCGACUGGGGACUGCUCAAAGGAGCUUCGCCUCAUAUUCUGCUGGCGGAAAGCAGCCUUUCCGGCGGAAUCAGCCAGCCUUCUACAGAGCCCAGAUCAGAGAAGAGCGCGCCGGAGUCGAGCAGCGUUGAAGAAGGGUCGACGGAGUUUGCGGAGGCGCAAUCAGGCGACCACCUGAGUGCGUCGGCUGCCCCAAAGGUCGCCGGCAAAGUCUGGUAUAAGGAGCCGGCGGAAACCUACAGGGGGCUUCAGCGCUAUCCCCGGCUUACUGACGAAGACGAAUCGGAGGAGCUUUACGUUCAAGCAAUAUCAGGGGAGUCUGACACCGCGACCGGAACCCAGCCCGAGGGGAAAGCCGGCUUCACCGCUUUCUCAGAAGAUCACCCCGAGACUGAGUGGGUCGAUAACGGCGGUGAAAAUAAUGUCGCGGUGCCAAGAUUGGCGCCUUUCAUUCUUCCGGAGAGCUCUCCCCCUAGAUACAGCAUCCCGCUCACCUCCAUCCAGCUCCCGCGCGCGGGCCCCGGCGCGGCCGCGAGGGAGAUUUUGGAGGGUUUGGAGGCGGCCGCGGCGCCGAGCCGAUCGGAGUUAAUGGCUCUGAGCGCGAUUCUGGACGAGUACCUGAGAACGGUUGCAGAGGAUCCGGAACUAGAUGUGGAUGCGUUCUGCGCGCUCGCGACGUGCCUUCCCGGCGACGCUCGCCCGGAGGACGACGGGCUGUACGUCGCCCUGGUCACGUUUCUGACGGCCCAUCCCACCCUCUCGCAGCGCGACGAGUUUCUGCUCUGCCGCUGCGUGGAUUGGGCCAAGCUGUCCGAGGCCGCGCGCGAGGACGCGGCCGCGAUUGACGUCAUCCCCGACCACGCGCGCAUGAAGGUGCUUGUCAUCGAGAAACGGAACUUGAAGGAGAAGCUUCUGCGCGCGCUUGCCACGGGGUCGGCGGAGGGGAACCCAAGCGAGCCACGUCUCAAGAUUUGGGAGCAAUCAGAUGAGGGUUUGGCCGCGGCGACAGAAGCGGCGGGCGGCCCCGGGCUGCGCGUCGUCAAAGAGUGCGCGGAGCUGAAGCGCGAGCACCAGCGCCUCGCGAUCGAGGGGGCACUGGUGAAGAUGCGGCUCGCGGAACUAGAGCGAGAUCAUUUUGAGCUCAUUCAGGAACGGAGCCAACGGCUCGGCGGCUUCUUGGGCUGCUUCGGGUGUACGCGCAGGUCGGCUGAUGUCAGCAAGUUGGACGAAGAAUAA